AAGUUCACAUGGAGAACAGAAAUCAGUUAUCGGAACAAAAGUAUUUGAAGCAUUUGAACCAUGUUUAAAAAGUGGCAGAUCGGCUACAUAGCCUGUUGUAUAUUGGCCAUGAUUGUGACCAUAACAGCCCACGUCAAUGCCUACAAAAAGUUUGGACGCGAUUGUCGCGAUAUUAGCUGUGUGCCCCCCGAAAGGUGCAUAUUAUCCAGCGUAGCAUGCGAAAAGGAUCAACUAGAUGGCGAACACUGUGGCCAAUAUCCAAAAUGUGUCGAACAUUCAAGUAGCUCAGAUCAGCAUUUGAAUCGCAUCACGAUCGACACCACAUCCACCACAGCUAACACUCGUAGCAUCAGCGCACCCAAUCCCGGUCCCAGCACCAGCACGCUCCAUUUGAAUCACCAACUGUACCCUGAGUCGAUCCCCGACAGGGACAAUGGCUUUGAGCUCCUUAAUGGAGCGACUGGGCCUGUGCCAGGUGCCAGCCAUGCCGAUCAGCGACAGGCAAACGUUCUAGUCAUUGUGCAAGAUGGGGCACAGCAGCCCAUGCCAAAUCCGAAUCCCAAUCUCAAUUACAAUAGACAGCUCUGGCGACAACCAUGCAUUGUUAGUCCAUAUUAUCCAUAUGCGUGCACCAAUGGCGCCUCACCAUACGUGCCUCCCUCGCCAUAUUUGCCCGCAACUAGAUCUGUACCACCUUACUCAAGCACCCGUACCGCCGCCGGACCGCAGUUAGUGCCCCCGACACCACCUUGUUAUGUCAAUUGCUAUCCCAGACUGGCAACUGGGUACCCACUUGCUAGAUCCUCUAGACCUACUGCAUCAACGAGCAACUAUUUGUUUUACAUAACCAUUUAGGGGCUAAAGUAGUUCGUGUUUCUGCCGGAUAGCAUCAUAGUUGAUCGCUUCCGGUGCUAUUUCCGAAACAAUUACAAGAAACUAUUCUCCUGACCAGUCUCUCUCUUUUUCUUUUGGCAAUUAAUCUUCCCAGAUUCUCCAG